AUGGCAGACAGUAUUCAGGUCUACUGUAAAUUUGAACAUCGAAUCAAGGGUUUAGCGGAUGUUGUGUUUGUGUUGACACAAAUGGAAAAAAUUGCACAGUUAACAUGCUGGCUUACACUAAAUCAGAAGCAGCAACAACAAGAACAAAUACCCGAAUUCGAUGAUGAUUUUAAAAAACGUUGGAAACAAGAAGAAGAAGAUGAGUCAGACCAUAAAGAACAAAAGCAACCGCAAGAAUGUACAUAUGAAUGUUGCGCAUUUUUUACUGAUGAUCAAUGUGUUCGUCUUGGUUGUUGUCAUAUAUUUCAUGAGCACUGUGUAUUAGAAAGAUACUUUUGUAGUAUAUGUCAACUCAAACAGUGUCCAAUAUGUAAAACAAAAAUAACAGAACUUAAAUUCUUCACACUCAAAAUAGUAGUUGAACGUAUGUGUCAGAUAAUAAGAAGACAAGUAAGAACGGAUCAAAUCAAACAAGAGAGUCCAAACUUAACAGCUCACUUUAAGUGUUAGCAGUUAUUAAAUUCAGUUGGAUUAUCUUUUGUUUUUUGAAUAUCUCUUCGCAUAUCUAAUACCAUCUGAAUGAAAGAUAAUUCUAUAUCUACUUUUUAAAGAAUCCGUGUACAACUGCGAUGGCAAAUUCAAUUUUGCACACAUACACACCCAAUAAUACAGGUAUCAUAUUUAAAUUACUUCCGUGUGCCGCUCGCUGUUCUCUAGAUUUCGUGAGAAAUGUUAUUAUCAAAAUAAAUGGUUCUACAUUGGUGAGUUAUCAACGAUAUUUUUAAACCGACCAAAUUGUGACGAAUAUUCUGUGUGUCUCGAUUAUUCAAGGCUUCCUAUUAAUUAAUAUUUUUGGCCAAUGUCGGUUCAAAAACAUUAAAUAUCAAAUAUUCAUCUGUAUCAUCCUGGGGAACAAUUUAGGUGUAAGAUUUCUGCCAUUAUUAUCAUACCAAUAAAGAUUGGUAUUCACAAUUAUAAUCUAAUGCACUGUUUUCAAUACGAAAGUUGAGUGAGGGACCCGUUUUACGCCUGGCAGUUACCGGAAAUGAGUAAGUUUUUUCAGCAAGGACUGUUUCCUUCCUCUCUCCCCCAAAUCAGAAUCGCUAAUUUAAUAACAUUAAUGAUGAGUCUGUGAAUGUCAUUCACAAAUUAUUGCCGCAAGUUGUUAUCUGCAUACAAAAAGUACUCAUCAUUCUUUGGUAGGAGGAUCACCAGCGAUUGGACAGUGUCACUGACUAUCGACUAUUUUAUACAUGAAAUUCAGCUGAAGCGGCGUGAAAAUCAAAAGUUAACCGAUUAUUUCCUUUUAGACAGUAGUUGAACAAUGUUCGCCAGAAACUUUGAUUUACAACCUAGGUGCCAGUGUUAGCUACAAAAUAUAUUCGAACGUAUCAGCCGAUGAAAGAAUCCGAACAACUGUUCCAGGGAAAACCAUCAGCUAAUGCCCUGUCAACCAUGGUCAUCUUUAUUUCCUCCUGAUGACCGAUUGUAUUGAUCAGGCUUUCGAGUUCAUCGUGAAGAUUUUGGUGGUUGCCUACAAGGCUGACGAACUGGUUACAAUGCAAUGAGAGGUGUUGUACUACUUGUACAAAGAUAGUGAGUAACCGCUUAUUAAGGCCCCCCUCCCCCUCAAAAUCGAAUCUCAGCUAAGGUACAGGCUAUAAACGUGAAAUUUUCAGCAUUUGUUGGUACUGAUGAGAGGAAGCUGUGGUAAAAUUUUCAGGUCUAUAUCAUGUGUCUGAACGAAGAUAUUCACCAAACAAGGGUAAAAAAAUAGCUCU